CUCGCAACUAACAUAUACAUAGUGAUUCCAUUGACACGUCAUGGGUCUCUUGUUCUCUAUCCCCCUCGCUGGUCCGCUGGGGACCAUCGCAGCAUCAUGUCUCGGAGGUCUUGCAUUUUGUUUCACUUCAACAGCUGCGUCCAUGUUUUGCAAGUCUUGUAACUGCAACUCCUCGAUUGCGACGAGAGUCGGCUUCGCAAUGAUCUUUAUUUUGAACUCCCUGCUAGCAUGGCUCAUGAAGACUCCAUUCGCAAUCCGCAAGAUUGAGCAAUGGAGUUAUGACUACAUAAAGAUGGACUGCGAUGAGGGCAAGUGUUAUGGUGUUCUUGCGGUCCAUCGUAUUUGUUUCGCCUUAUCUCUAUUCCAUGCGAUCUUGAGCUUGUCUCUCAUUGGUGUCAAAGAGUCCAGGGAUAAACGCGCCGCAAUACAGAAUGGCUGGUGGGGUCCAAAGGUUCUGCUGUGGAUGUUGCUCGUCGUAGUUUCGUUCUUUAUACCGAAUGGAUUUUUCAUGUUCUGGGGCAACUACGUUUCUCUUAUAGGUGCCACCAUAUUUAUCCUCCUCGGUUUGGUUCUCCUCGUCGACUUCGCCCACUCAUGGACGGAAAUGUGUCUGGAAAACUGGGAAAACUCAGAUUCAACUUUAUGGCAAUGGAUCCUCAUAGGCUCUACUGCUGCUAUGUAUGUGGCGUGUGUCACCUUGACCGGCAUUCUAUACGCCUAUUUCGCAAGUUCCGGGUGCACUCUCAACCGGUUCUUUAUCUCAAUAAACCUGGCCCUUUGCAUCAUUAUCACUAUUAUGUGCAUACACCCUGCCAUUCAAGAGUCGAAUCCUCGUUCGGGCCUAGCUCAAUCCGGAAUGGUCGCUGCAUACUGUACCUAUCUUGUUGUCUCCGCCGUCAGCAAUCACGCACACCAAUCUUGCAAUCCGCUCAGCCGGACUGACAAGACGCGGACUACCACGGUUGUUCUUGGUGCAAUCUUCACAUUCUUGGCUAUUGCCUAUUCUACCAGUCGCGCGGCGACACAGAGCCGUGCAUUGGUGGGCAGGGGAAAGAAAGGCGGUGCAGUUCAACUUCCGGUCGAUAUCAGUGAGCCCUCAGAAAUGGAUGUAGUUAGCACUCAACCGGGAAGAACGGAGUCGCCGAGAUAUCAGGCUCUCCUCGCUGCCGUCGAGGCCGGAGCGAUCCCUGCAUCCGCUUUGAAUGAAGAGGAUGAGGAGGAUGAGGAUGAGGACUACGGAGAAGCGAAAGAUGAUGAACGUUCCGGCACGAGAUACAAUUAUUCCUGGUUUCAUGUCAUCUUCGCUAUCGGUGCAAUGUAUGUUGCUAUGCUGUUGACUGAUUGGAACGUGGUGUCCACGGAACAGGGUCCUGUUGACUCCGAGGAGGUUGUCCGCAUCGGCCGCUCGGAGACAGCGAUGUGGAUGCGCAUAGUGAGCAGCUGGGUAUGCAUGUUACUGUACAUGUGGAGCUUGCUUGCGCCUGUGUUGAUGCCAGAUAGGUUUGGAGAUAUGUGAGGUCCAGCUUGUUUAGUUCUUUAUACAGAUAACCAUCGAACUUUGGAUUAAUGAUGCGCCCCUUUUUAAUGUACUAUGGUGACCUUCUUGGUUAUAGUUUUACGCUUCGGUUUGGAUGUGUCUUUCCUAUCCACAAGACAUGUUCGUGAGCCUUUUGAUGUUCGCGAACCAGCUGCUUCAUUU